AUGUCUGUUCGUGAUGAUAAUACCGAAACAUCAUCCAAAUUAUCUGAUUUUAAUAAAAAUACAAAAUUUAAUGAUACUCGAGAAGGUAUGAAUCUUAGAAGUUGGGUCUGGCAGUACUUUGAUCAUAUGUAUAUUGAUAACGUGAGACAUGCGAUUUGUAAGGUUGAGAAGGUAGAGGGAAAAAAGUGCGGUACAAAAUACAGGGUUAACACGUCAACAAGUAAUUGCUCUGCUCAUCUUUUAAGCGCUCAUGGGAUCACUGAAGAUCAAGUUAAAAAUAAAAAUAAUAUAGAAUUAAUUAACCUACCCCAUAAUGAGUCACGUCAACUUCAAUUGUGUCAUUUUCUUACAAAUUGGAUUAUAACUGAUUCGCAACCUUUUACUGUUCUUGAAAACCCAGCUUUUAGAAAAUUCAUAACAGGGUUAGAUCCAAAAUUUCAAAUUCCAUGUAUCAAAUACAUAAAAAAACUUAUGCAUCUUGCGUAUAAUCAUUCAUAUAAAUUAAUCAUGGAGAAAGUAAAAAAUGAUUCGAUUUCUAUAUCUUUAACAUGUGAUUUGUGGACGAGUAAAAAUAGACAAGGGUAUUUAGGUAUAACAUGUUCGUAUAUAGAUAAUGAAUUUAGAUUUCAUGAAAUCACACUUUCUAUUGAACACAUUCGUUAUCCACAUACUGCUGAGAACAUUAGUGAUUCUAUUCUCCCAUUGUUGGAUGAAUUAGAGUUACGUAAUAAGGUUUUUACAAUAACUACCGAUAACGGAAAGAACAUGCAAAAGGCUGUCAAAAGAUUAAAACAAUCUGCAGAAAAAAUAACUUGGCAACCCUGUGCAGCACAUACCCUUCAAUUAGUAAUAGGAAAAGGAUUAGAACCGGUUAAGAUCUUGAUUGGUCGUGUUAAACGCUUGAUUGAUUUUUUUUUAAGGCCAAAACAAUCCGAGCGUUUGAAAAACAUACAAAAUAGAUAUACAAAAUCAAGCGAGAAUACUAAGAAGACUUCGACAUAUUUAAGACAUAUAAUUGCAGACGUACCAACUCGCUGGAAUUCCAGUUACUUGGCAUGGUGUCGUCUUUUAGAAUUAGAAAAUUAUAUUCGUAUACUGGAAGUUGAUUUGGCUAAUGAUUCAAAUCUUGAUUCUAAAAAGGAUUCCAAGUAUCUAACUAAAAUAAUGUUAACAAAAGAUGAAUGGGUUUUACUUCAUAACUUGAUUCCAUUAUUAGGACCAUUUGAAGAAGCAACUAGAUACCUCGGUGGUAGCAAUUAUGUUACUUAUAGUAUAAUGAAUCCUAUAAUGAUACGUAUUAUUGAUAUACUCAAACCUGUAUCUAUAUCAUCCGAGGAAAUAAAUGUUGAAAGUAUUAAUGAUAUUUUUGUAGAGCUUGAAAUUUGUGAGAAAGAUGAUCUACAUAAAAAAAUAGACUUAGAUAAACCCUUACAAACAUCUGGAGUUUUGGAAAAGGUUAAAGAAACAUUAUAUCGUGCCAUGCACUAUUAUUGGAAAAAAGAUAAUACCAAAUCCUAUUUACCUUCCAUCCUUGAUCCUCGUGUUAAAAAAUUUGAUUUUGCACCUGAAAAAUCUAAGCAGAUUCAGGAAUUAUUAAGAAUCAAAUAUAAUGAAACACGUGAUAGUUCAAUAACGAUAUCUACUAUUAAUACUUCAUCCACUUCUUAUUUUCAUAAUACUACUGUUUCUCUUUUUUAUAAGCCAACACUUUUGAAUAUCUUUAACAAUCCUUCACCUCUUAAUUUACAGAGUGAAUUAGAUGAUUACCUUGCGAAUAGUUCGCGGCUAUGA